CCCUCACUUGCUCUCACCCUCACUUACUCUCACCCCUCCCUUAUCCUUAUCCGCGUCAUCUGCCCACCCCUCUUACGCCCGCGUAAACACAUGAGGAAUGUGCCAUCUUUGUCAUCUCCCACCCAUAGCGUGCGUCAAAAGCACCGAUCCCCAAAACUGAUAGGGCUGCCAGUACGUCACCGCCAGAACCAUACAUUCCCGACGCCUCUAGCUUGUGAAGAUAGGGAUGGCCAAAAACAUGCGCCGAGGUGCUUUUUAACGGCCGCAAGUCUUAGUAAUUCCAGUUGCAUCAUGCGACUGGAAUUACUAAGACUAGAUGCGACUCGGAUCUAGACUGAUAUCUCAACAUAUAUGUCCCCCAUCCUUCACAGUCGUAAUCGCCUCGCGCACCAAACAUAAGAUAGCCAAUCCUUCAUUUCUGAUACCUAUACAUCUUCUCACUAUGGCCGAAACUACCGCACUCGCCUCCGCGGUGCAAACAUCUGAUACCCCCCAAAUCACCCUCUACUGGCUCGAGCAAUCCCGCUCCCAACGCAUCCUCUGGCUCCUAAUUGAGCUCUCCCUCCCCUACACCCUAACCGUCUUCCACCGGGACCCGAAAACGCACUUCGCCCCGCCCGAGCUCAAAGCCAUCCACCCCCUCGGCAAGUCGCCCGUCAUCAGCAUAAAACCACCCGGAGGCGGCCCAGACGUAGUUCUCGCGGAGAGCGGGCUGAUCGCCGAGUACCUGACCGAGCAUUUUGGUGCUGGGACGACGUUGGCGCCGCAGAGGUGGCAGGAGGGGAAGGAGGGACAGGUGGGGGGGGAAACGGAGGCGUGGAUGAGGUAUAAGUACCUCUUGCAUUAUUGUGAGGGGAGCUUGAUGCCGUUGCUUAUUGUUUUGUUGAUUGGGAUGAGUAUCAAGGACGCGCCCGUCCCGUUCUUCAUCCGCCCUAUCACUUCGCGCGUCGCUUCGGAGAUUAGGACGAGUUACCUAGAUGCCAACUUCGAAACUACCUUCUCCUUUCUCGAGGAGCAGAUCAAGACGUCGCCGGGGGGCGGGAAGUACCUGUGUGGCGAGCACCUGACGGCAGCGGACAUCUUGAUUAGUUUCCCCCUAAUCGCGGCGAAGGUACGUGGAGGACUGAUUCCGAAGGAGAAGUACCCGUUGUUAAAGGCGUAUGUGGAUAUGUUAGAAGAGGAGGAGGGGUAUAAGAAGUCAAUUGCGAAGGUGGAGGAGGUGGAUGGGAAGUUUAGCGCUAUGAUUUAGGGGGGAGGCCUUCGGGCUUUUGCGCAACGGGCAGGAAAACUCGACAGUAGACUACAGUAACGUGGUUUAUCAGUACGUCGGACAUAUCAGUACCUCGGACACUUUUCAUUGGCAUUCUACUUUGAAUAUCAAUAAAUCAACCAUAACAUAUUAAAUUAACUAUAACUAAGCGGAAUCAGAUGAACU